CCAGAAUCUUCAUCCGGGCGUCGUGCCUGUCGUGGUCCUAUUUCGCAGAUUUCCACAGAGUGGAAGAAACACUCGGUCGGUCGGGCGGGCCUCUGUACUGUGUGGCACGUGCCCGCGAGCAAGGGAUAACUUUAGAAAUGGACGUCGGAUCUCUUUUAGCAUCGGAUUCGUGCGUGGGAAGACUUUAUUUCGGUACGUCCCCUACGUUUGCCCGCGAAAUAAGCUUAAACGGCCAGACUAACACGACGCGCGUAAUACCGAUAGUGCCGAUACUGGCACGGCCCUCCUCAUCAGUCAACCACUUUCGUUCCGUAUCGCAAUGCAGAAAGAUGUCCGACGUUCGUAAUCUGCGUUCGCACGGUACUGUGGAGGAAAGAAAAAAACGUCACUUAUCUCGAGGAAUGACGCGAAUGGUGGUUUGGGAUGGGGUGGAAGGGGGCAAAUGAGCGAUAGACAGCAAGCAUCUGGAGUAACAGUGGCCGACGUUUGUAAGACAACGUACGAGGAGAUUAAAAAAGAUAAAAAGCAUCGAUAUGUAAUCUUUUACAUUAAGGACGAGAAGCAAAUUGAUGUUGAAGUGAUCGGACCUCGCGACACAGCUUACGACGAUUUCCUCGCUGAUUUGCAAAAAGGUGGUAGCGAAGAAUGUCGUUAUGGUCUCUUCGAUUUUGAAUACACUCAUCAGUGUCAGGGUACUUCCGAGGCUUCCAAGAAACAAAAAUUGUUCUUGAUGUCGUGGUGUCCUGACACGGCCAAAAUUAAGAAGAAGAUGUUGUACUCCAGUUCUUUCGACGCUUUGAAAAAGUCCUUAGUUGGUGUGCAAAAGUACGUACAGGCAACAGACCUUUCAGAGGCUUCUGAAGAAGCUGUGGAAGAGAAGCUCCGAGCCACUGACAGGAAUUAGGAGUAUUUCAGCAAAUCCAAAAUUAUUAAUAUUAAUGAGAGAAAUCAAGUGAAAAGCAGUACGCAAAUUCCCUUCCCCAAAAUAAUGCUCUAUACCGUCGUCGCAUCAAACGUUCACGUUUUUACACAUUUUUCACGUUUAAACGAAAACGAUUACUAAGUAUUUGCGCUACAUGUAUUAGUCAUUGGGGAGCGUAAACAUUAGCAGAAAGGAACGUAAAAGGAACAAAAAGUAUAUAAAGAAAAAAAAAAACACUUUUCAUACUGCGAACGUUGUG